AUGACCAGCCCGCUGCCGGCGUGUGCAGGCGUCUUCAUGCGCGCGCACUGCCCGCACGCUCGGCUCUUCGAGGAGGAAUACAAGCGCUACUGCGGAUCGCCGCUCGAAGUCGUGUUGCGUUUCGGAGACGAGUCGGAUGUCGCCCAGGCUGUCGACCAAGACACCCGAGCUCUCGCAGCACCAUUUGACGUCGCCAACGUGUUCGUCUUCGCUCGCUUCGAGACCGUGGAGGGGAAGCCUCUGAGCGGCGCGCACUCGCUGCGCUACAUGCGCAGCGUUUCCCAGAGCGAGGUGAACCCCGAGGCCUCGUGGAUCGAGGGCGUGCGGCAGACGGCGGCAGAUAGGCAGCAGUACUCGCAGCAACUGCACGGCCGCCAACUGGCGUCGCGGCUGUCGAGUUCUAGAGAGUCCGCGCGCCCCGACUCAGCUACGUUCGUGCUAAACGGUCAAGCGUUCGCCAAGUGGUAUUAUCACUGGGAGAGCGGCGCCAACAAAGUGCAGCGCGCUACCAAGCACGCGCUCAAAGCUUACGUUUUCUAUCAGACGCAGGAAGCAGCGACAACAGGUUUGCAGCAGCAGCGACAACAGCAUCAAGCUUCGGCCGGAGCCCAUCAAGGUUCAACAGGAGCCGACGGUACACUCGAGCUACUGUGCGUGGUGACGUCUCCACCGUUCACGGUGGUCUCGUAUCGUCGCGCGCCGUUGGAAGCUGCUGCCGGUGGCCCGGGUGCUCUCGGACUGGGUGGCAUCGAUGCGGCCACGUCGCUAAUGCCGCACUACGCGACGGACACAGCGCACCCGGUGGAUGCGAGACUACGCCGCAUCGUGCAGCACCAAAUCUCUCGAGCGUUCCGUGAGUACAACCAGCAGCAACGCCAGAGCGAACCGCGUGGCUCUUCCGACGACUUGUUCGCGCAAGUAGGGACAUCGCGCCUACAGGACGAACAGAAGGAGGAGGAAGAUCGAUCGGGCAGCGAGGAGAGAGACUCGUUCGAUCGGUACCGACAUCUGCAGGAGCGCGAAGGGCUGCGAUUCCGAUUGCUAACGCCGGAAGAUGCUGCGCUCUCAGGGUCCGCAUUGCAUAGCCAGAUCGAACCACGGGAGCCGCGACUCGUGUUCGACAGCACAAGGCGCAGAGAUGGUGGCCAACACUGGCGUGACCGUCACGGUGACGUGAGUAGGCACGGCGGUGAUAACGCGUUUGGCGACGACUAUGACGAUGACGAUAUCCGUGAUGAGGCCGUUCCGCAGCCGCUGGCACCUGGGAGUUGGUCUGCGCUUGGCGCGUCGGGUUAUGAGUGCAAAGCCGCUGGGCCAGUAGGCAUGCCGCCGUCAACGACAGACCCAGUCCGGCAAGCCGAGAAGGCUGCGAGGGUAGCCAUCCAGCGCUUCAAGCAGCAGCAGCACCAGUUGAACAGCCACCAGCGCGAGCUGCACCAGCUGACGGACCUCGCCAUUAUCCACUUCUUCGUAUCCCGCGUCACGACCAGCAGUGCCCGAAGUUUGGCGAACCUAGAGGUGGUCUUAACGAUAGCGAUCUCGCAGCAUUGGCGAUACGCCAGUGGUGGGGCCACACACCUCGCUCGGUUGAUUCUGGCGCUAUCCAGUGGCGCAGUCGACGGUGCGAGUGUGUCUCGGGGCACCAGUGGUGGCUCGUUCGCCGAGACCAAAUGUGAGGAGCUGAUGCUAGUAUUGGGCGAGGUGUGCGUGUGGGCUUUCUCGCCAGAGAACCUCGGGCUAGUGCAGAGUUUACUGUCGGCGUGCCACCCGCUGUUGCUUGAGAACCUGCGUCUCAGCACCUCCGGAGGGGUAGAGGAUGGUGGGAAAGAGCUGCGCACUGCCUUCUUGGAAUGCGUCGGGCGCUGCUGGAGCGCGUUGGACGAGUUUCUGCAGACACCUCGGGCGACGCAGACGACGAUCCGCAGUGCGCGCGAGUUGAGCGACGCCGUCUUGGGCGUUGUGUACAGUGACCCCGAGCUCGCUGACUUGCGGUGUGGGCUACGAGCGAUGCUCCAACGACCCACGAUAGUGCUUGAGGAUAGCAAGGAGAACGGUACUGCAAGCUCGGACGGUUAUGAAUCAGGUAUCCCGCGGCUCAACCUCGCUGGCUGGCAGGGAUUCGUAGCUCAAGUGAGGGAAGGCUAUCUGAUCCAAGCGGAGCCGUCGGUGCUCGCUGCCGACAAUGCGUGGCUCCGACUCAUUUGUGACGGCCGGGUGCGUGUAGCUCCCGUGGCGCCCAACGGCUUGACGAGCUUAAUGGGCGGCGCGUCAAACAGCUUCGGCGGCGACUACGUAGCGUAUCGACUCGAGCAUCGAGCUUCGACGAAUGCUGCAGAAGACGGCGGUAGACUGACGACGAUUCAGGCACCAGACAACGCGAGUGACCACAGCUCGAUUUGCGUCGAGUUUUACUGGUGGCCGCUGCAACAAGAGCAAGCUCAAGAGCAGGACCAGCUCUUGGCGUUCCGGAGCGUGACGACAUUGAAGAUUGCAACCAGUGGCACCUUUAUGGAGGGAAGAAUGGAAUUGGAGUGCGGAUUCGUCAAGCGCGAGGCCUUCACAGCGGCGGAGUCGCCUCGACUGGAGCUCUGGGCUCCGACAGAGCGCGUGCAGGCCGUGGCUGGCUGGGCUCCGUGGCUGUCGAUUGAGGGCGUGUACGCGCGGAAGUGA